UAUUUAAUGAAUAGCUCAAAUACCGAGAUGUUUUGAACCAAGUGCAAAAAAAUGCAAAAUGUCGUCAGGUAUCAAUGAAGGAACGAACAGACCAGAUAUUGAACUGGAUUUAUAUUUCUUGAUCGCGAGAUUUUUGUCUCAGGGACCAUGUACUGAAGCAGCCAAGACUUUAAUACUAGAAUUAGAAAAAAAUGGAUUAUUACACAAAGAUAUAUCAUGGACUGGAGAAACCAAAAGGCCGACGUUUGAACAUUCAUUAUCAACUUUCCGGGACAUUUCUCCCGAUUUUCUUUUUCAAGUUUGCCAAAGAUUAGGUCCUUUAUUGAAUAACUCAUCACCCCCGUCUAGUGUUGCCAAAUCAUCUAUAUGUGGGGCAGGUAGAUAUUCUUUUUUACGCAAUGAAAAAACUGUUGUUCCCACUAGAUGGAGCUCAAGGUCUUUUUCAGCUUGUGUUGAAGGAAGACCUCUUGUACCCCCUCAUAAUUUUUCUCCGUCUCACAAUUGGGCCCUUGGUAUUUUUGGUCGGGAACAUGGAGGCACGAAAUUCAAAAAUUUACUAAGGCCUACGAAGACUUUAUAUGGCAAAAUGAAAUUACAUAGAAGGGUUUUAGGGCAUUUAUCUUCUGUAUAUUGUAUUCUUUAUGACCGAACUGGUUCUAGGAUAUUCACAGGGUCUGAUGAUUGCCUUAUCAAAUGUUGGUCAUCAAAUAAAGGCAGAUUACUUUCAACUUUUCGGGGUCAUCAAUCAGAAAUAUGUGACAUGGAUAUAUCUUACGAAAACACAAUUUUAGCUUCUGCAAGUUGUGACAAGGAGAUUAGAAUCUGGGACAUAAGAAGUGGAAAACCCAUUACAAUUUUACAAAGUCACAGCGCUAUGAUUACAAGUAUUGAAUUCAGCGCUUUAGUACAAGGUGAAACACGAUACCUCAUUUCUACGGGCCGAGAUGGGAAUGUAUGUUUCUGGAUUUGGAAUUCACAAACUUUAGAAUUUGCUACUCAGCCUAUUAAAUUUCAGGAAAGAAAUCGCCCCGGUGUUGCUAUGUUGUGUUCAUCAUGCAGUGCUGGUGGACGAUUUAUUGCAGUUGGAGGAUCUGACAAUCUUGUCCAUAUUUAUCAAAUUCCAUUCGAAUGCGGUGCGACUAUGAUAGGACCUAUGACUAUUGCAGAGCAAGACGAACACAAUAAUACUGUAGAUAGCAUCUGGUUUUCUCAUAAUGGCUUACGUCUUAUAAGCGGCUCAAAAGAUGGUACGGCUCGAGUCUGGAGUUUCGAGUUUUCAACGUGGACCUCAUUAGUUUUGGAUGUUUCUAGAACAUUCGAUAGUCCUUUAGAUGCAAGUAUUAUAGACUCAAACAGUCAAACUAAUUCAAAAACUCAAAAUAAUAACAACGCAAGUAAGAUAAAUGUGACUAUGGUAGCAUGGGAUUGCAAUGAUGAAAAUGUAAUGACUUCUUUGACGGAUUACACAAUUAAAGUAUGGAAUUCGGUAACCAGAAAACUUUUGAGCAUUUUAAAAGGACACAAGGAUGAAGCCUAUUGUCUUGAACCCCACCCUAAUGAUAAGAGGAUUUUACUAUCAGCUGGGCACGACGGCAAUGUCUUUUUAUGGAAUGUCGAUGACGGAAGCGUGAUAAUGAAUUUUCAUAACAUGCUGGAAGGACUUGGUCAUGGCGCAGUUUUUGAUGCAAAAUUUUCACGGGAUGGAAAUUCUUUCGCUUGUACUGAUUCGCAUGGUCAUUUAUUAUUAUUUGGAUUUGGUGAUGGUAAGCCUUAUACAAAAUCACCUGUACAGCAGUUCUUCCAUACUGAUUAUCGGCCACUGAUUCGUGAUCAGCAUGGAUAUGUGUUAGAUGAACAGACACAGCAAGCUCCGCAUCUCAUGCCUCCUCCAUUUUUAGUCGAUGUCGAUGGCAAUCCAUAUCCCACAGAUCUUCAGAGACUUGUUCCUGGAAGAGAACAUGCUAAUGAUACACAAACCCUGUUGCCAGAUUUUCUUGCAGAACAAAAUGGUCUACAAUCUCCAAGCGAGGAUUAUGUGCAGCAGAAUGAUGUUGAAAAUGUGGCAACGGUGGUGGAAUCUGACCAUGAUCCAGCUGCCCGCUCAGUUUUAGAUACGAUAAUAGAACAAAUGCAGAGAGUUGAAAAUGGUGAAGGGCCGUCAGUGCAAGAUCCUGCUCCAUUCUCAUCACCCAGCUCUACUGUGGGGCUCAGAAGAGAAGGCGAUUUAGCAGGAGUGAGACAGAUGCAUCGAAACGCACCACGGAGUCAAGUCGCGUCUGUGGCAGAUAUAGUGGCCCUAACACAACGUGUCAUAACCCCGCAAUUUUCUCAAGAAGAAAGCGAGAGACAUGAGUAUUUACGGCAGCGAAAAGGUGCGUCUGAAUUACUCUGGCAUCGCAAAGAAAGAAGAAAACGGCGACCAAUAUCGAAUCGAAGACAAUCACGCGAUACUACAAAUCAACCAGGCUUCUCAAAAACACCAGAAAAUUUACGAAAAUCAUCACAGCGCAGGGCGAGGUCUAAUUUUUAUAAAGAAGACCCAGAAGAUGAACAAGAACAACCUAGGUCAUCAUCGAGGCAUCGUUUGAUUCGCAGAAUGCGAGCUUACGCUCAUGGUUAUAGUACACGUUCUAGAGCUCCUAGACGACGCAUGUCUUCAGUGGCGGAAAGUAUUAACGAAGAGUUAGAUAAUAAUUUAGAAGAAAUUGAAGAACACUCAACCAGUGCUUCUGGUGAAACUUCCGAUUUCUUAUCCAGUGAGGAAGAUUUUAGUCAAAAAGCGAAAAUAAUUCGUCGCAGUAAAAGAAAGAAAAAUUCGAAACGAAAAAAGAAAGUAAAUGGCGUUGUUUCUGAUGUUGACACAUCCAAUUUGAGGCGAAGUGUAAGACACCGGAGGGCACCGAAAAGACUGGUAAACUCCUCGGAAGGUGGUUUAUCAGAAACAGAUGACGAGACUGCUGAAAAUACAGCUAGUACAGGCUCGUUAUUUCUAUCACCAAGUUCGAAUAAAUCGAAGCACACCAAACGAAAAGAAAUACGGAAAGCUCGUGCACAACGAAUCUCCUCUGUUGCUUCAUCCCGACACGAGGAUAUGGAAACAUCGGAAGACGAAGAACGACCUUCGACCUCUGCUAACUGUCAAUCAAAUAAAAAAGUGCAAUUAACAAGCCAAACUACCUCAAAUACAGACAAUAAAAUUAAAAAACCACCUAAAAAAGAAAUCGCUAAAAUUCCUUUUGAUAUAAUUCCAGGUCAGCCGCCUCCCCCAAUGUAUCUUGCUCCUGAUUGGAUAAAACGUGUCACCCCCUCUCAUUUUCCAUAUGUGCCUCAAAUGGAAGAUGAAAUUGUUUAUCUUCGGCAAGGCCAUGAAGCUUAUAUUAGCAAAGUGAUUAACGAUAACGUAUGGCCGGUCGUGGAAAACGAACUCUGCUAUAACCUGAUGAAUAUAGGACAUACAGAGCCUUGUAAAGUUAUCGAAAUCGAAUACAUUAUCGGCCCACCGACCCGUUGCGAAAUCUGCCUCCUCCCUUUGAACCAGAAGGUUUCAAAAAAGUCAAAAAAAUUCAAAGUCCAAUUUCAUGAUAUGCCUAAUGUUGUUGAUUUUUUAAUUCUCAAAGACAAAUAUGACACUAGUGUUAGUAGAGAGUGGAAUAUAAACGAUAGGUUUCGUUCUAUUAUUGAUGAUACUUGGUGGUAUGGAACGGUUGUCGACCAUAGCGUACGUGACCCAACUUAUCCUGACAGCUAUUUUCAGUCUUUUUCCGUCUUGUGGGACAGUGAGAACAAUCAAGAAGAGUUAGACUAUCUUUCACCAUGGGACAUGGAGCCUAUUCCACAAAACAUUUCUAAUCUUAUUGUAACACGCUCUCAAAAUCACGUAAGCUCAAGUAAUGAUACUCUAACAACACAUGCACUCAUCGGACCAAAAGAGCUUCGCAACGUAAUUUCCUACCGGUAUAAAAGAUCUGACUGGUCAUGUGAUGAGGCCAGUGAUUCAGAUGAUAGCGAGAGUGAAUCUGUUGAAAAGAGAAUGGUUAAAGAGUCUUCGAGAAUCGCAACCGCAAUUCAAGCGCUCAUUGACGAAAAAGAGUUUACACCGUUCGCUAGCCCGGUCAAUGUUUCUAUUUAUCCUUUGUAUACAAUAUAUGUUGCAUUUCCAACAGAUUUAUCGACUAUUCAACAAAGGCUACAAAAUAGGUUUUAUAGACGUUCUGCUGCAUUCCUAUGGGAGGUUUCAUAUUUGGAAAAAAACGCAAAUGCCUUCAACGAACCUGAUUCUGAAAUUGUGAAAAGAGCGGAAUUUUUAUGCAGUUUGUUAAUGAGAUUUGUGCAGGGAAAAUCAUAUCAUGAUAUUAUAGAAUUGCAACACGAAAUGGAGGACGUUGAUCAUGAAACCACAGACUCAGAAGCUGAUGUUUCAGAAGAUAGUGAUUCUUCUGUAAGCAGUAUUCCUUCCAUCAUACACUCCGGAACCGAAGAUGAAGUCGAAUCAAUAAAUCAAUCUCAAGGUGCGAGUGAAUAUGCGACAACAGCUGAAGAAGAUAAUUCAAAUUUGUCAUGGAUAGAAGACGCUAAAAAGUUAUUAGAUGAUGUUCUCGACGCUCGGGAUUCGAGACCUUUUCGAAGCCGUGUAGCACAACAUGAAGAUGACACUGAAACAUUAGAUUUAGUUACGAUACAAAACAAAUUGUUGACUUCAGGAUACACUGAACCGAAAGAAUUUUUCGAUGAUGUUACACUAAUGUUUUCGGAGUUUAAAAAGUCGAAUCAAAGCAGGGAAGGGAGGUCAAUGAUGGCGCGAUUGUCACCUCUAAUGUCGUCAAGGAUUAACACUAUAAUUAAAGAUUGGAAAAAGAAUCAGUCGAAAGCAUGCAAUGGCUAUAAUGGGGUAGGAGUACGAAGAUCGAAAAGGCGUAUUAGACGUCUUUCGUCUGACUUAUGGUCGCCAAAUUCUAAAUCUGUGUCCCAAGACUCAGAUUCUUUUGCGGAGCCGAGGGCCAGAAAAAAUCCAAAUUCAGCGGUUGGUGCUUAUCCGACACGCCAAAUGUUGCGAAGACGCGCGAAAAAAAUCAACACCGUCACAGAAAAUGGUGAAGAGGAGGUGCAAUCAAUAAAUUCAAGGCAGAAUCAUCGUAAAUUAAGGGGUCGGAGGUUACAAACGGUAGAUUCUGACGAAGCCGGUAAUAAUGAAUAUGAGGGAGAAAAUGCUGAAUCAUCUGUUGCUAAUAGCAACCAUAUCGAUGAAUCAACAGAAAUUAACAAUGAGCAAAACAAUCACGAUAAACAAGAGUGCAGUACUCGAGCAAAAAAAAGGAAACAUUCAGAUCGAGACGAAAUAGGUCAAGGAGACGCAGCGUUAUCGAUUCGCCAAAUGAAACGACAAAAAAGGAUGAAGUCAUCCAAUCAUGACUCUACGAGCGAGAGCGAAAAAGGCAAUGACAGCGAUUGCGAUUUUACAAUUAAUCAGAGAGUACUGAAGAGCAAAAAACAUUCAAAAACAAACGGACACAUCAGCAAACAAGAACAAAGUAAUUCAAACAAGCAUAGUCUACGACCAAAGAGACAAAAACCCACUCGUUACAACGAUUACUCAGACUUAUCGGAAAGUGAAACAGAAACGCUGAAUCAUUUAAAUACUUCUUCAGAACUCGACAACGAGCCUAGAAUAAGAUCGACCCGAACGAGAUCAAAGUUGAAUUAUGAAAAUGACGAAAGUUCCGAGGAAGAUAGCGAAAAUGAUGAUGUGGAUGUUUUGGAAACGGGGGAAUCAGAAUAAUGAACAGGACAUACAUAGCCAGGGAUUCUAAAAUGAGUGUUGUGAAAUUUCUAAUUGCCAAGUUAUAUCGUAACCGCUAGUGGGAAAAUGUGAAUUUCCAAUUGUCUUGAGGGUCUAAAAAUGUGUUCCAAGCUACGAAAAAUUGCUUUUUUUUUGGGGGGGGGUGUCCCCCAACCUAACCCCUCUCUUGCCUGCGCCCAUGUGUUUGAAAACCAGAGAAAGCUAGAACUGAAUUUCCAAAAUAUGAACAAUCUAUGUUGUUUAGGAACCAGGGACAACAACUAAAACUCAAUUCCCAAAUUAUAUGGAACAUUGGGAAUCGAAACUCGUUCAACGUACUUAAAUAUUCAAAGAGAUUGAAAAUAUUAAUGAUUAUUUCAGUUUUUUAUUUUUUCUGGUUUUCAAGGUCGAAUAUUUUUGCAGUUGUUUCAAGUGUACAAUCGAAUAAAAGCUUACAGUUUUCCCUCUCUCUCUCUCUCUCUCCCUUAUUUAUCCACCAAUGGAUUCAAGCCUGCGAACGAUGGUUAGGUGCACUGCAAGAAGUGCAAUGGAAAAUAUGUUCCUAUCACUUAACAUGAUGCGCCAACCCAUGUAACUCUUAACAUUAUAAGUUAUUUGUACAUUUAGGAAAUAAUUUUUCCAUCGAUAUUAUAAUUUUUCUAAUAUGUUUGUAUCCCUGGCGAUAUCUCAGCUUGGGACCAAAUCAUUUUUAUUUAUUCUCAUACACAGAAUUCAGUCGUACUCAGUUCUAAGUUAUUGAAUCUUAAUUUGUCUGUGGUUUCUUGUAUCUCUUUUUGUCAAUACCUUUCAAAGGUGUAAAAUGUCGGUUUGGGUUAAGUGAAAGAUCUGCUCAAGUGGCAAUAACUCAUUCCUAAUCCCCCCCCCCUCUAUCUGCUUCGACUCUUAUCCCUAAUUACCAUCCUUGGGAGCAGUAUUUGUUCAAAAUAUAUCACAUAUACUUACUAGGAAGUGAAGGAUAUACAUUUCUGUGCAAGUCUACAGGCAACAACUGUAAUUCGAAAAGCUGUUGAAACUAAAUAGGUUUAUGGUGAAUAACACAUCACCAAAUGUUGAUGUUUCGACAGGUUGACCUGAAAAACUGAACACAGCUAAUUUAGAGCAUAUCUUUAAGGAAACAUAACUUUUGUGCAUCCUAGAGCUUGUGAAAAUUUUGGCACAAUCAUACACAAACAGAAGUUCAAGUGCUAUCUUUAUUUUCGCGGAAGUAAUUAUGAAAUUUUUGGCUUCUGUUUUCUGGAUCACCCUGUACUGUUAACGCUUUUUUUUAACUCAGUUUUUCAUUUAUUUUAAAUGUUUAUUUUCGUUUGUUCCUUUUUAAUUGGUUUUCCUGCGUACAUACAGUCUUGUUUUAACUACUACUUUCUGUUUGGGACUUUAUUCAAAUACUGCAACAUUUAAACCCCAGAGCCAUAGACCUAUUUCCGGACUAUUUUUAAAUGAUUUGAAAUUGGAUAAAAUGCUGCUAUUUGUAAUCAUGUGUGUGUUAUGUACUGUUUCUAUUUUUUAAGACUGGUGGUGCAGUACUCCAGAAGUAUGUGCACCAAGAUGGCGGACACCGAAACGUUGUAGGUGUACCAGGUUAGGGUUAGGCAAUAAUUUUAACAUUUUUAGGUACAAAUACCUUGGGAGUCACUUGGCUAGUCACUGAACUCGUGAUGUGAUAGAACUGAAAUAAGGAAAAUUGAACUAAAAUUAUGGCCUGACCCUAACCUUGUACACAUACAACAUCUUGGUGCACAUACUUCUGGAGCGCUGAGGGUAUUAUGGUCCAACAUAAUAUUGGUGUUUUUCAUUUCAUGAGAAUUACUCAGGGAAGGAUAAAAUAUUUUUAUAUUCAUCUUCCGUAAAGGGAAACUGACAAUCACGUGAUUGACUACUGUUUUCUGAUUCUCUAUCCUGGUCAGAUAUGACAAUAGAUUGCCAAAUACCUGUACUUGUUCCGGUGCUCCAGAAGUGUGUUUACCAAUAUGGAGGUAACUAUUUUUGUUCUACUUUACAUCAAGUUGUGUAAAGGGACUGAAACCUAUGGGCAGGGGGUAUAUUCACUUGGUUAACACAGACAGUCCCUGAACUCGUAAUAGAACUAAAACAAGGAAAAUUGGAAUGAAAUUAUGGCCUGACCCUAACCUGGUACACACACUACGGGAGUACCCUUGUUCCAGAUGCAUGGACUUGGAAGCAGUAACCGAUCUGCAGUUACCUGAACCGCCCUGUAACUAGAGAAGUUCACUGAUACUCUAGCGCAUGAUUAUCCUCACAUAAGAUGCAGAUCCAUGCAUCACAAUCAAUGAUAGUCAUCCUCAACACCUGAUGUGCCAACAUCAUAGCUGAAAAGCUUGCUAUUUGUUUAAUCCACUUUGAAGUAUCAGUCAUGAGUUAUUCAUUUUUCAUGCAAGAUUUCGCUAAUUAUGCUAAAUCGGGAUAAUAAUUCAUUUUUUUCAAAACUUGUAACUGGACAGGUUUUGUUAAGUCGUGCAAUUAAGUCCAAUUUUCUUUUUCCUGGCAUAAAUAAGAUUAUUCAUCUUCCCAUAAGAGUUCUAAGCACUGACAAACUAAAGGCUGCAUAUAUAUAGGGUGUCCAUAAAGUCCCUUUACAAUUUCAAUUUUGUUAUGAAGUCAGUUCUCAGUAUAUCUUGACCAGGUUUGUUUUAAUCAGUAAUUUGUUAGAUAUUUUUACUUCGUUCAAUACAUCUGUGAGGGCCAAAACAAUAUAUGGUAUCGAUAAUUUCCUUUUGCAAUUUUAAGACUUUAUGAACACCCUAUAUUUACUCGUAUUCAGGGGUCAAGUUACUAUUGAUUCGGUUCGCAAGAUCAUUGAAGUUAGGAUGUUUUUGUGUACCGUUAUGAUCUGGAAAAUUUCAAGCGAUAAAACCCCAGAAAUGCCGCAAUGUGUUAUCUUUAAUCUCACUUAUUCAAUUAUGAGCAUAUGUACUUUCUUUUUAAUUUUGCUGGUUCUUUGCCUUUUUUAACUAAUAUGAAAAUGUGUUCUGCCUUCUAUAUCUGACCAUUAUCCAGGCCUUAUGUAUUGAAACACUAUA